AUGCGCAGCAUCUCAGUUAAUCUAUAUGCCCUGCUGUUUGCCUGGGCAACAUUAGUCACCUGCCAGGAUGCAGUGAUUACGUCCGCAAAUGCCGCAAGCACAGGCGAAAGCGGCCAAUGUGCUAACCAGCAGCUCGUUGACCAAUGCGUGGCUACCAUGAAAAUGGCUCUUGCGAAGUGUUCCUCAGAAAAUUGGGACUGCAAAUGCAGCGGGAGUGCAAAUAUUGCCAACUGCUAUGAAAAUUGUCCCAACACUCCAGAAUAUAUCGAGGCUCAGCUACUCAGCGAACACGACUGCGCCACAGCGAAUGCCUAUGACAAGGGGAUAACAGCUGUGACACAGUCAUGGACGACUCCAGGUGUCAAUGUCGCCAAAGCCACCCCCACAGAUUCUGACUCCACAACAUCGGCUACCGAUGAACCGACAAAAUCACUGGAGCAACACGAAGAAACGAAAACAUCGGAGGGUGCUGCUGCCGCUAAGACUGCCGGCAGCUGGUUGGCUCUGCUUGGUUUGGGGAUAGGAGUGAUGUUUUAG